UAUUGUAAGCGAAUCGAUCGAUUUUCAUGACUCUCAAUGUAUUAGUAUUAACGAUAUAGAUGAUGAUCAUUUGUUAGAAGCAGUCCAUAUUGUAUAUGCUUCUAUAGAAAAUUUGCUUUGUAUAAUAUUUCAAAUUUUUCAAAUGUAUUUUGGUUUCAAUGUGUUAUUCCACGAGCAAACAUUUCAACUGAUAGCUAUUGUAGUAUUUGAUUUUGGAUGGGCCUUGUACGGGAUUGGCCAAGCUUUUAUUAUUAAAUAUUUUCGGGAUCAAAUUGAAAAAAUUCCUUCAUGCCGACAAAUUCCCCAAUAUGAUCUUACUUUUCGUUAUUUUGAUAUUCCGUAUACUGUAGUUUAUUUCACUCUUGCUUUAAUAUCGACCUUUGUUUCAUUCAAAUUGUAUCAACAAUUUGGUUGGAAUAUUUACAAAAAGAUUGGAGCUGAUGUGGAAUUUAAAAAAUUAUAUACGAAACGUCUUGUCUUCGUAACAUUGCUGAAAUAUGAAUUAUAUUUUUGUUCUUUAUUCUUAAUAUUAAACGGUUUAAGAUUGAUUCUUCAUGAAAAUAGAGUUUACUGGAAUUAUCAUACUGUUGAAAGAGUUUUAGGCUUUUUUAUGGCAUUACUGGCUUAUCAAUCGAUUAGAUUAGAAUGGAAAAUUGGAAUGUAUAUAUUUUUUGUCUUAUGGGUUACUUACAUUCUUGAUAGUUUCUUGGUUGCUAUGCCAGCGCCUGGUUUCAUUGCUGAAUUUUUUUUACAAGCUUUCUUCUAUCAGGCGACGAUCGUAUUUGGUAGUUUGUUGGUAAAAGGUUUUGGAAAAGGAUUGAAGAAAUUUUUUGUCAAAUCAUCUGCAAAACUAACUUCACCUAGUCAAGAAGAAGCAAAUACUGAAAGAAGGAUACCAAUUGACGAUUAA